AUGGCUUUUCACAAGUCAAAAACUGGCACCAAGAUAAAUGUUACGACAGCAGAGGAAUCCAGUUCAGCGAAUGAAUAUGUCACACCUGGGGGCUUUGAGCUGGAGAAAAUCCUCAACCGUGGGAUUGUAGCUUACACUCACGUCGACGAGGUCUGGCCUAAUGUCUAUAUUGGGGACGAGGAAACUGCAAAGGACAAGUAUACUCUGAAGAAGCUGGGGAUUACACACAUCUUGAACGCAGCAGAGGGGACGUGGAACAGUGUUGACACUGGAGCUGGUUACUACAGUGACACAGACAUUGUCUACUAUGGUGUGGUAGCAGAAGAUGUCCCAACUUUUGAUCUCAGCCAGUAUUUCUUUUCUGCUGCUCGGUUCAUUGAGGAAACACUGAGCAACCCACAGAAUAAACUGCUGGUGCACUGUGUGAUGGGAAGAAGCCGGUCUGCCACACUUUUCCUUGCCUACCUCAUGAUCUGUGAGAAGAUGACGGUGGUCGACGCCAUUGAGCACGUGAAAAAGCGCAGGCGGAUCAUUCCCAACUGGGGCUUCUUGAAACAGCUGAGAGAGCUGGACAUGCAACUCCUGGAGAAAAGAGAUUCAUCAGACAACUCUGUACAGGUACAAAGGCUACAAAAGAGCAAUAUAAACAAAAACACAAGUACAAGUUGCGUUUUACAUGCAAUCCAUUAG